ACUUUUGCCGUUUAUGCACAAUUUGAGAAACAGUAGCUUCUAAUCCUGUUUUCAAUUAAGAUAAUGGUUUUCUGGCCUUCAGCCUCAUGACUCAGUAGCCAUAAGGAAUUUGGGUUACUUAAUCUAGAUUUAUCACUGCAGGGCUGGAAGGAGAGAAACAGGGAAAAUAUCUCAAUAGGCUGUUCUAGAACAACUGAAAAGAAUAACAAGCUUUGUAUGCCUUCCAGGGGGAGCAAGGGUUUCCAGGUCUUCCGGGGAUACCAGGCUACCCAGGGAUCCCGGGUGCUGUUGGUUUGAAAGGAGAAAAGGGCGCUCCUGCUGCGGAAGGUAUAGAACCUGAUGGAAGAGGUGACCCCGGGUUGCCAGGAGCUCCGGGUUUCCAGGGUUUGCCAGGCCUUCCAGGCUUUCCGGGACCUGUUGGCCCACCUGGCCCUCCGGGAUUCUUAGGCUUUCCAGGAACCAUGGGACCUCCGGGACCUAAGGGUCACAUGGGCGAUAAAGUGAUAGGACAAAAAGGAGAGCGGGGUGUGAAAGGAUUGACAGGACCCCCUGGACCACCAGGAACGGUUAUCGUGACGCUAACAGGCCCAGAUAACAGAACGGACCUCAAGGGGGAAAAGGGAGACCAGGGAGCCGUGGGGAACUCCGGACCUCCUGGACCCUCAGGACCGCCUGGAGAAUCUUAUGGAUCUCAAAAAGGUGCUCCUGGAGAACCUGGCCCACAGGGAAAACCUGGCAAAGAUGGUGCCCCUGGUUUCCCUGGCACUGAGGGAGCCAAAGGCAACAGGGGCUUCCCUGGAUUACGGGGUGAAGACGGCAUUAAGGGGUGGAAAGGGGACAUUGGCCCUCCAGGAUUUCGUGGUCCAACAGAAUAUUACGAUGCAUACCAGGAAAAGGGAGAUGAAGGACUUCCAGGCCCCCCAGGCCCCAAAGGAGCUCGUGGCCCACAGGGUCCCAGUGGCUCUCCUGGGGUUCCUGGAAGUGCUGGUAUGUACAUGUUUCUUGGGGAACCAAUAGACAUGCUCUUAAAAGGAAAAUCACGGGGGCACCUGGGGGGCUCA